GCGAAGUUGGUGACACGGUUAAAUGACCUCAAUAUUUCCGUGUUUUCUUCCGUUAUGUUGGUACAACCAUGAUGGUUUUUUGUUCACAUUAAUGCAGUAAAAUGAUAUCUAUACGAAAAUGGUUCUACAAGCCAAAGCGGAACGACACGUCGAUGCUGGCGCAGUUUUUCCACGCCGACGAAGAGCUGAACCAGAUCGCCGCCGAGCUGGACAGCUUCGACGGACGCAAGGACCCGGAGCGAUGCACGAUGCUCGUCAACCAGCUGAGGCAAUGCCAGGACAAGGUGCUGAACACUGUGAACAGUAUGAUGGCCGAGGCGAUCCCCACGCACCGCGCGAACAGAGACUUCCGUGUAAAGUUCCCGGACGAUGUUCUGCAGGACAACCUGUUCGGACAACUCUGGUUCGGAGCGGAGUGUCUCGCCGCCGGGUCGAGCAUCAUGAACCGGGAGGCUGAGAGCUCGAGCAUGCGUCCACUCGCCAAGGCCGUCACGCGGAGCCUCGAACACCUGCGCCACCUGCUGAGAGACCAGGCGCUGCGCAACUGUGGCUUGUACAGCGAGCGGGUAACACGCAUGAUCGUCGCGUGCGAUUGCUUGACCGUGCUUUCGUCUCUCGGUGCUUUCAGCUACGUGAGUGCCAUGGUGCCCGUGAAGACGAUGAAGGAGUAUGACAUCAUGCAGGAGGUCAUUGUGCUGUUCUCAGAGACCGUGCAGAGUGGGUUGAUCGUCUACCCGGAGGGACCACUGAACGUCGACCAGUUCGCCGAGGACAUGUGCGAGAUGUUCCGUCCGUUCCAGAGUCUGCUGUACAAGAUCAGGGAGCUGCUGUGGACGCUGAGCACGAGUGAGCUCUAUCAGCUAGAGAGGGCGCUGUGCUCGUCCGAGCAGCCGAUCGUCGCCGCGACGACGACCGCCGACUCGCCGACGCUGGUACGCGCGUACGCGCGGGCCGACGCCACCGACUUCAUCCAGCGCUUCUACCUCGACCACCCGGAGUGCGAGGAAUUCGUCGACGUUCUCUACGGAACUCGUUGCUGCGGCGGCGGCGGCGGCGGCGGCAGCGGCAGCGCGCACGUGAGCCCGUCCGACGCGACGGUCGUUGCCGACGACGACGACGACGACGACGACGACAGAGACUGCUGCUGCGUCGAGGACGACGAGGAUGAGGAGGAUGACGGCGUGGAGACGACGAUCGCGGACUCGGACUCGCAGGAGGAUUUCAUCGCCGCGCAGAACUUCAUCGCGAUGCAGGAGAGCUUCUCCGAGAUCCUCGAAAACGUCAUCGAGGGGAAGGUCGCCGCUGCCGGCGACGUCGACGACGACGACGACGAAAGCAACUGCGGCGCCCGCUCCCCCCGCUCCUCCUCGGGCGGGGGCGGCGGCGGAGAGGUAAGUGGAGUGGUAGGAGGCUCCCUCCCGAAGGACUCGGGACUCCACAGCGAGUCAGAGGAGGAGGCGGAACGGUGCGGAGGGGAGGGGGAGACACCCCGGGGAGGGUCAGCCAGGAGGGAGUCGGCGACUGCUGUAAACUGUGAUAGACACGCGGAGGAGGAGGAGGAGGAGGAGGAGGAGGAGCAGGAGACACCCGUGACGAUUGCCUCUGAUCGCGCGCGCGGCGGCGGCGGCGCGAGGUCGGGUUGUGAUAGCCGUAACGGUGCUUCUCACGAGGAGGGGGUCGGCGCCUCGACCGAGACGACCGUGGAGGACUCGCCCGAGGCGCGACUCGACGCGUCCGAGCCGCGCCUCGACCCGGCGGUGCGGGCGGCCGUCGAGGGCACGUUCGGGGACCUGAUCUCGGAGGAGACGGUCGACAUCGUCUACGGUCUUUUCCUCGGCGACGCCCCGUGCAAGCGCAGCCCGCGUGCGCGUCGCCGCGGCAACGACGACGACGACAACGCGCCGCACGGGGGCGCCGCCGACGCGAACCCGAAGUCGGAGUCGUCGAAGAUCCGCGAGUUCUUCCCGGCGGCGGCGGCGGCGGAGAGCUACGGCAGCGGCGACACAAGCAGCUACAACUCCGAGUGCAACGACGACGAGGAGAUUGCGCUCGCGAUGCAGGCUGCGGAGAUAUCGAUGCGCAAUGCUGUGCGCGCCAAGUUCCACAGCAGUGAGGACCUCAUACACCGCCUGUUCGUCUGCAUCUGCGGUGUUGCCGACCAGCUGCAGACCAACUAUGCAAGCGACCUGCGCAACAUCCUCAAGUGGGUGUUCGAGAUCAACUCGACGCACCCUCUCGUCGGCGCCGGCGACGGUUACCGCGGCGACGACGACGAGGAUGCGGAGGAUGCGGCGGACGAGGAGGCGGUCGUCGCCGCGCUGCUGCAGAGCCGACUCAGGGUUUCACGGGGCACACAGAGUGAAGCAAUACUCUCGAGCCCUAGCCAGCCUAGCCCAUCCAGGCAGAGGUCAACCAUUGAAGAGCCGCCUCCCUGGGUACCGGAUGACCAAUCUUCGUGCUGUGUCUCUUGCAAAGCCAUGUUCACCGUAGUGCGGCGCAGGCAUCACUGUAGGAACUGCGGAAAGAUAUUCUGUGCGAGGUGCAGCUGCAAUUCUGUACCUCUUCCCAAGUACGGCCACACGAAGCCCGUACGAGUGUGCAACCGCUGCUACAUGUAUCAAGUGACUCCCUUCACCGUGGACUAGCGUUAAAGUCUGCCGCUGCCGCCGCGAGAGCGAACGCGCGAAGAUGCAUCGAGCUGCCGCUAUCCUAGCUAAUUAUUAAUUCUUACAGCGCCUCCCCAUCCCCGAGUUUGCAUUCUGAAUGAGAAACUCUUGCAGAAGAUCACGAAAAAGAAAAGCGACGGAGUAUUUUUAUCUGUUUGUUACGCAUCUAGACUCUGCUAGCUGUUACGUGUGUAAACCGCUGGAGUCGUUAUCUUCAUUACAUUAGCUCUAUUUACCGAUGAAGAGUGAUCAUUUCCUAAUCCUUCAUUCUGACAUGUUUAAUUGUUACACAGUAUUAUCGUGGUUAUACCAUUAAUUUUGAGCAAGAGAUGAUAUUCCAGAGAGCACUUUUUUACGACGCACCUGUUUCUUCUAGUUGACAUGUAAUUACAGUUUAUAUAUACACAC